CAUUUUUCUGUUCAAAAACAGAGCCAUCUCCUUCCCCUGCCUUUCCACCCACUCACAUGUCGCCCUCUCCUUUUGCUCCCCUGCCUCACCCACCUCUUUCCCAAGUCAAAUUCCACUCCAAAUUCUCACUCUUUAUCCAUCAUCAACUGAUGCUAAAUUCCACACACCCAUCAUUCCUCUGCCCCUUCUCCAAAUUCCUCUCCUCAUGAAGAUCUCUUCCUCCUUCUACUUACCCUCAAAUGACGCCGCUGCUGAUGGCUGCUCUUCAGGAAUUCUUCGUCGCUUUCUUUGCGGAAGUCUCCAUAGAAACGAUUGCAGAGAGAGCGAACAAAGCCAUGGGAUUAAUGCUGCUUUUGGCCAAGAGUGGAAGGUGGAGCAGGAGACAAUGCCGAGUCCUGGCAUCGUGGCGCGCUUAAUGGGCCUGGAGUCGAUGCCAGUGUAUCCAUGUGCUGCUUCUGAGUUGGUGGCGAGAAGCCGGUCUACAAACUCGCUCGAGAGCUGGCCUGGGUUUCUUUCCAAGAGGAGCCAUAGCCCGCAGUUCAAGACAUUACAGUCUUUUCAUGAAACACCGACGUACUUGAAGCAGGAGAACGACGAUUUCUUGCUUCUGAGCUUCAUGUCUGAUGAUAGAGAAGAGGCCAUGGCAUCCAAUGGAAUGAGAACUAGGAUGGAUUUUCGAGAAAUGAAGGAAAAGAAAAAGGGUGGGCACAAGGCCAGAGUAGUGGAAAAGAAGAGCAGAACAGAGAGAAGAAUCAGAGAAAAGAAGAACAAAAACAAGACAGUCGAGCAGCAGCACGGUCACAAGGAGAACUUGCCCGAGAGGAAACAUGGUGAAGUUAAGGACUCGGCAGUCCGCCGUUCUCGAAAGAAGGAUGUUCAUAGUAAAGGCUGCCAAGGUACCAAAGCUGCGGAUUCCAUUCAGUCCAUAGAACAAAGAGAAAUGCCAAUUAUGUUGGACAGGUCCAACCUUAAAGAGAAGCUAGAAAAUGCUCGAGGGAAAGUGGAACUGGAGUGCAGCUCUCAGAAUUCCAGUCCUGUUUCAGUUUUGGAUCUCGCAUACAUCGAUUGUGACUACCGCAACAACACCAAUUCUCCAUCUACUGAAGAACAGAAGCAACCAAUACGGCAGAGCUCAAGAAGAAAGCUGCCACCGAACUAUGAGAAUGUCAACUGCUCGACUCCAAACAUUGGCCUUGUUACAUUCUCCAGGGAUGGAGGAAUGAGUUCUCUUGAUGAGGAAAGCAAGAGAUCGAGGAAUCAAGAACAGGCUUGUCCAGAUUUUUCAGACAUUUUGGGAAAGAUUUGCAGGCUAGCGGAGGAGGAUCUCAAGAACUCUACAUGGAUUUCAAAGGAAACUUCGAGAGCACAACAUUUUGGAGAAAUUGCAGCGGAUCUUGGGGUAGAGAUACUUGAUCUACUUCUCUACGAGGCAGUAUGCGAAUUACCUAACUGCAUUGCAUAACGAAAUUGUAGAUAAGACUUCUUUUUUGCCCUGCAUAUUUCUUCCAUGAACAUGCGAACUAAUGUAGAAGAGUUCAUAGUCGAAGUCACAAUCUCCAAUUAUCGUAUCUUAUUCAAAAGGACUGAGUUAUUUAUUUGCAUA